AUGUUCACACUAAGAACUGUGGCAGCAGCAAUAGCUGUUCUGCCGUUUGUUCUAUCCAUCACGCCAGAACAGAUGCUCGCUGCGCCGCAACGCAGCCCAUUAGUCCCAAAUCCCUCGGGAGAACUGGGUGUUUUUAGUGCAACUAGCUAUUCAUGGGAGACUCAUGAGGCAGAGACGGUAUGGCAGCUAAUGAACCUGACCACUGGUGAAAUCUCCCUGCUCUACAAUGGGUCCGAUAUCUCAGAGAUGGUCUGGGUCGGACCGACCGACACGAGCAUUCUCUACAUCAACCGCACCAACGAAGAAGACAAUGGUGGCAUUGGCCUUUAUGCUGGUGACGUAAAUGCCAUUGAUGAAGCGUACCUCAUCACAUCGCUCCCCGCUCCAUAUUCUGGACUGAAGGCGGUAGUCACCCCUUCUGGCGAUGUAAACUUCCUCCUGAAUUGUCUAGCGUGGCCAAAUGGGACAGCUUAUAACGAGGCGAUGGCCGAAACGCCGUUGAGCACAGCGAGAAUCUACACCAGCAUCUACGUCCGCCAUUGGGAUACUUGGCUUACUGAAAGGAAAUACGCCGUUUUCGCUGGCACGCUGGCUGGGGGAGACAAGUACUCCCUGCGUGGAAACUUGAAGAAUCUUGUGACGGGCAUUUCCAACGUGACCCGCGCGGAGAGUCCAGUUCAGCCUUUUGGUGAUUCUAGCGACUAUGAUAUCACCCCGGACGGAUCCAUGGUUGCUUUCUUGACAAAGAAUAUCGACCUGCCAUUGUCAAACUACACAUCCUCUCAGAUCUAUCUCGCUCCUCACAAUGGCUCUUCGCCGGCUGUCCCGAUCAAUGCCUUCUCUGGGAAAACAACGCCCCCGAGUGCCAGGGGGGCAUCAGCAAAUCCGCUAUUUUCUCCAGACGGUACCAAGAUUGCAUACUUCCAGAUGGACGGGAUCUCCUACGAGGCUGACAAGAACAAGAUCUACGUCGCCAAUGUCAAUACCAGUAAUUUCAACAUCACCAACCUGGCAGAGAACUGGGAUAGUACUCCCGACCAGCUCAGAUGGUCUGCCGACGGCACUUCCCUUUUUGUGGUGGCGCCUGAUCUGGGAAACGAACGUUUGUUCCAAAUUCCCCGUACGGCUGGAGCGGGGUUUAAGCCUACAAAUAUCACAAAUGCCGGGAUUGUUGUGUCGUUCUAUGUGUUGCCCAACGGCAAUAUCCUGCUGUCGGAUUCCAAGAUUUGGUCUUCGCGUGACUUUUACGUUAUUGGUCCCAAGGGAAGUCUUGUCUCCAACCUCUUCCAGGCGAACCAAGUCGACCCAGAGCUCGCAGGCCUGGGGCCGAAGGAUGUGUCUGAAUUCUACACUAUGGGUAGCUUCGCCCAAGUACAGAGCUGGAUGAUUUACCCUGAAGGGUUUGAUCGGAAAAAGAAGUACCCGUUGGCAUUCAUUGUCCAUGGUGGCCCACAAGGUGGUUACUAUAACGCCUGGAGCACCGGGUGGAAUGUCAAGGUGUGGGCGGAUCAAGGUUACGUCGUCGUGGCACCGAACCCGACCGGAAGCACCGGUUGGGGGAUGGCUUUUCAGAAUGCCAUUCAGGGGAACUGGGGCAGUUUUCCGUAUCAGGAUCUCGUUGCAGUGUGGGAGCACGUCAACAGCACAUAUGACUAUAUCGACACCGAGAACGGGAUUGAAGCUGGGGGCUCGUUCGGCGGCUAUAUGACGAAUUGGAUCCAAGGUCAUGACCUGGGCCGAAAAUUCAAGGCUCUUGUCACACAUGACGGUGUGACAGACACUGCAGCCUCAUAUUCGACUGACGAGCUGUGGUUUAUUCAACAUGAUAUGAAUGGCACUCUUUGGGCCAACCGAAAGGAUUAUGAUGAGUGGAAUCCCAUCAACCAUAUCGACAAGUGGGCUACGCCACACUUUGUGGUGCACAGUGAGCUAGAUUACAGACUGCCGAUUUCCGAAGGGAUCAUGCUCUUCAACUUGCUGCAGGAGAGAGGCGUCCCGAGCAAGUUUCUGACCUUCCCGGACGAAAACCAUUGGGUCCUCAAGCCCGAGAACAGCCUCGUUUGGUACCAAGAGAUUUUUGCAUGGAUCAACCACUACUCAGGCAUUAGCAAGUCGAGUUCGUGAGCGGCGUCACUGAACUGUUCGCUUGAGCGAACAACAUCAGGAUAGACAACUACAAGAUCCUCUAGAAUAGUUCUUGCAACUGGCAAUGAUCCAACAUCAGCAUAACGAAAGUGCAUG